CUGAAGCUUUUAUUUUGAAAGCGGCUGGACCUUCGACAGGAAGCGGUUUUCAUUCGCUGCAACUUGACGUCACUCGAUUUUCUUCCUCCGCAGUUUGUGCAGCGCGUCCGAGUCUGCGCUGUUUGUUUGUUCGUUAGUUUGAAACGUUGUUUGUUUGUUUGUUUGUUGACGUCACCGCAGAGGAUUACAGGGAGCCCCGAUUGAACGAGUCACGCGGCGCAGACUCAGAACCAGGACCGGAACCAGACCAGAUCCCAGUGUUCCCAGUGUUCCAUCCCAGUGUUCCCAGUGUUCCCAUCCCAGUGUUCCCAGUGUUCCCAGUGUUCCCAGUGCUCCCAGACCCCGCGCCAUGAGCGUGCAGCCGCGGCGGAUCCGUCUGAAGCCCUGGCUGCUGGCCCAGGUGAACAGCGGCAGGUAUCCGGGCCUGCAGUGGCUCACGCCGGACCACCGACUCUUCCAGAUUCCCUGGAAACACGCGACUCGUCACACGCCGGCGUCCGACGAGGAGAACACCAUCUUCAAGGCGUGGGCUCUGGAAACAGGUAAAUACCAGGAAGGCGUGGACGAACCCGACCCCGCCAAGUGGAAAGCAAACCUUCGCUGUGCUCUGAACAAAAGCAGAGAGUUCCAGCUGAAGUACGACGGAACCAAAGAGACUCCGGUCCAGCCGUACAAGAUCUACGAGGUGUACGAGCAUCCGGGGAACACAGACGGCGGUGACGACGACGAUGAGGAGAUGCCCAAUCUGAACGACCUCACCAUCAACCCCAGGAUCGGUGACCCCCCGUCCUUCGCCUCCUUCACGGAUCGGUUUGGUUUGUCCACCAACGGGACGUUUGGACCGCCACAGGUGAUCCCGGUGCCGCUGCUCCCCGACAGAGUUCUACCCAUGACCUCAGAUGUUCCCAUGACCUCUGACCUCCAGCCUCAGGGUCAGAUGGUGGAUCAGGACAGCUUUGCUCAUCCUGGAGGUCUUUGUGACGGACUCCAGGACAUGAACUCUCUUCCCCCUGGUGCUGCCUCUGCUCACCCGGGCCUGGGCCCAAUGGAAAUCAAUAACAUGGGGGCUGUCCAGGACCAGGGGGACCCGCAGAACCACCAACCCUGCAAGUACGAUCUGCUGAGCAGCGUCCCACUAACAGAUCUGGACCUGAAGUUCCAGUACCGGGGCCGAGCAAUGGGCUCUCUGACAGUCAGUAACCCCCAAGGGUGCCGGCUGUACUACGGACACCUGGAACCGAGUCCGGACCAGGUGGACCUGUUCGGACCCGUCACCCUGCAGCAGGUGCUGUUCCCAGGAACGUCUGCGAUCCAGAACCAGAAGCAGCGGUUCUACACGGAGGCGCUUCUGGAUGUGAUGGACCGCGGUCUGAUCCUGGAGAUCUGGGAGCAGGACAUCUACGCUGUCCGGCUCUGCCAAUGUAAGGUGUUCUGGUCCGGACCGGGCAUGCCGGAGCAGGGACCGCCGAACCCCAUGGAGAGGGAGAAGAAGAUCAAAGUGUUCAGCCUCAACAACUUCCUGCAAGAGCUGAUCAUGUUCCAGAAAGGGGAAGCUCCGAACCCACCACCCUUUGAGAUCUACUUCUGCUUCGGGGAGGACUGGCCCGACAGGAAACCUAAAGAGAAGAAGCUCAUCAUCGUCCAGGUGGUUCCUGUGGUGGCUCGGAUCCUGACUGAGAUGUUCUCUGGAGAACUGAGCUGGUCCACGGACAGCAUCCGGCUGCAGAUCUCCAACCCGGAUGUGAAGGACCAGACGGUGGAGCAGUUUAAAGAGCUGCAGAGGCUCCUGCAGAGUCAACACAUCCAGGGGCCCUGGACCCCCGCUGGGCCCUGAGCAUCCAUGGACCUGGAGCUCCACUGGUCCUUUAAUGGAUUCCAGCUGCUCUGAUCAUUUCCAGUCAGAGCAACCUUCAGGGUUUUUUUUUUUUUUUAAACAGAUUAUUGAUAACGGUCUGUGGAGGUCCUCGGUUUCUCAGGUCCCAGUACUCUGAUCCUCAGAGCUGCAGUUUCACUUCAGCUGAAGUGUUUUUAAGGACCAAAAGGAGAAGCUGAGCUGCUCCUCACCGAAGCUCUCAGGACUAAUGAGGACAGACUCUCCUCCAGCUGAGUAUAAAUCAUUUCAUUAGGUGUCUUGUCAGUGAGCAUGUUCAGGAUUUCAAUAAACGCUGCAGUAUUCUUUCUUAAAA